AUGGCACCAUCCGCAACAGAGACAGCUGCCGCCAAGCAGAUCGAGGAUCUCAAGGAGAAAGACCCCCCAGCGAAGGAACAAGUCAAGGAGGCAGUAUACGCAGACGACUUUCCGCCCCUGGAUGAGGAGCUCCCAGAAGUACGGAUAGGCCACAAGGAACCUCUCAAGACGACGGGGGUUCUCGACCAGUUCGAGCAUUUCGAAGUGACGCCCGUCAUCGGCCGCGAGUACCCGACUCUCGAUCUCAAAGAGCUGCUGCGUGCGCCCAACUCUGAUGAACUCCUUCGUGACCUAGCAAUCACCAUCUCGCAGCGCGGUGUCGUAUUCUUCCGCAAGCAAGACAACAUCGACAACGACCUCCAAAAGGAACUCGUCCAACGUCUCGGCGAGCUAUCCGGGAAGCCCUCGACUUCGAAGCUCCACAUUCACCCCGUCAACAAUGCCGGCCGCGGCGACACCAAUGAUGAUGAGAUCAGCGUCAUCUCGUCGGCGCAGGCCAAGCGGCUGGGCAUACACCGCUUCCUAAACUACACCAAGAAGCAGACGCAGAGGUCACAGUGGCAUUCCGAUAUCACGUUUGAGCCCGUGCCGAGUGACUAUGCGCUUCUUCGUCUAACACAGCUGCCCAAGACGGGAGGAGACACGCUCUGGGCCUCGGGCUAUGAAGUAUACGACCGAAUAUCGAAGCCGCUCCAAAAGUUCUUCGACGGCAUGACAGCCACGUACGCCCAACCAGGUUUCAACGCAACCGCAGAGAAAAACGGCUUCAAACUCUACUCGGAACCGCGCGGCGCGCCCGAAAACGUGGGCGAGCUCCUGGAGGCCAUCCACCCGGUAAUCCGCACGAAUCCGGUGACGGGCUGGAAGAGCGUCUUCGCCGUCGGCCUCCACGUCCAAAAGAUCAACGGCCUGUCGGACGAGGAGUCGAAGCACUUCCUCGACUGGUUCGUGCAGCUCAUCAUCGAGAACCACGACCUGCAGGUGCGGCACCGCUGGCAGAACCCCAACGACGUCGCCAUCUGGGACAACCGCUCGGCCUACCACGCCGCGACGCCGGACUACAUCGUGGAUGACCUCGGGGAGAGACAAGGGUCUCGUGCCGUGAGUCUCGGGGAGAGGCCGUACUUUGACCCCCAGAGUCAAAGCAGACGGGAGGCCCUGCGUGCCGAAGCUAUUGCCGCUUUGAAGGCGGAUUACAGCUCAUGA